GGGGUCAGCGAGCGAGAGAGGCGACGAAGCUGCAUGAAUUUGGCACCAUUUCCCCCGCCCGGAGCCUCGUACCAGCCACAGAGCCUAUGCCUGGGCCACAACAAUGAAUUCUCUCCGAAAAUGGUUCUAUAGACCACGGAAAGAUGAUCCGUCACUUAUGGCCCAGUUUUAUUAUGCUGACGAUGAGCUAAAUAUGAUCGCAGCAGAACUGGAUAGCUUCGAUGGCAGGAAAGAUCCAGAAAGAUGUACUGCUCUAGUCAACCAGCUGCGGCAAUGUCAGGACAGGGUCCUGAACAUUUGUGUGGAGAUGAUGGAUGAGGUUAUUCCCAAUGAGCGGGCAAGUCGUGACUUCCGUGUCAAGUUCCCCGAUGAUGUCAUGCAGGAAAACUUGGCAGGACAGCUCUGGUUUGGGGCUGAGUGUCUGGCAGCAGGCAGCAGCAUCAUGAACAGGGAGGCUGAAAGUUCUCGCAUGAGGCCCCUAGCAAAGGCAGUUACCAAGACCAUAGAAACCGUUAGAAAUCUGCUCAGGGAACAGUGCCUGAAGCCCAUGCCAGAAUAUACUGAGAAGAUCCGUGAAUCGCUUAAGAUCUUUGACCGACUGUUUGCGGAGUUUGAGCUGAGCUAUGUGAGUGCCAUGGUGCCUGUGAAGAGUGUGGAGGAACAUGACGUGCAACAGAAUGUGGUGGUGCUGUUCUCAGAGACAGUCCAGAGGGCACUGCGAAUUGGCUUGGCCUCACAGGAUCAGAUUGAUGACUAUGAUCCAGCUCUGAUGUUCACCAUCCCACGCCUGGCCAUUGUAGCUGGCUUGGUGAUGUUUCCUGAUGGGCCCCUAAAUCUUGACCGUGAACCCCGGAAUUUGUCAGAGCUUUUCCGUCCCUUUAGGACACUACUAACCAAAAUCCGAGAACUGCUAUGGACCAUGAGUGCAGGGGAAUUGGCUGCCCUUGAGAAAGCUCUGUGCUCUAUCGAUGAGCCUGACACUUCCCUGCCACAGGUGUCUGAGGAGAGUUUUCCAAGUAGUGCUUACGGCCAGGCUGCCUUCACUUCAGAAUUUGUUCAGAAGUUCUAUGCGAACUAUCCCUCAUGCAAAUACCUCACCCCUGAGCUCAGCUCACUCUAUCAGCCAGGCAAGAAAAUGGACCGCUGUGAGAGAAAAAGGGAACGUACCUCUGGCAAGAGCAGUGGAUCACGCUCCAAGAUGAGGCAGGAGAGGCAGAGUGAGAAGUUCCUGGCCCGGCUGAAUCCCACUGCCGAGGAACGGCCAAGGGCGAGGCGGAGGUCCCGUCGCAGCCACCACCAUAGGCAUCACCAUAACCCAGCACCACUUCCUCCCCCAGACAGUGAUAGUGGGGAGGAGCACCAGUCCCAUCACCGGCGUCAUACACGGACAUUGACCCACCAUUCCCACAGCCAGAUCCCACAGCCUCCACCUCCUCCAUAUGACCAGCACCACCAGCCUCACCCAGACCAGCAUCACACGCCCCACCCACCACAGCGUCAUCAACGCUCACGCCGCUCAAGACACCAGCCUGUCACCCACAUCAAAACCAUUGCCUGCUCCUGUGGCACAGUCAGCCAGUAUGAAAGUUCAUACUAUGAGGCCCACGACCCACACCACCACCAUGACAUGCACUAUGGCAACCUUCAGGCUCAAGCUCCAAAUGGUGAGGAAGGAGAGCCAAAUGUGAUGCAAGAGGAGGGUAGAAACACCUCCACCAACUGUGAUUCCUCCCAUGGAACUGAUCAGACUGAGAUCACCUGGAGUGAGGCUGGCCCUUCAUACACAGGAGAUCAUAUAACAGAGGUGUCUCUUAACUUUGACACUCAGGCUACUGGCCAAGACACUGAGGAUCUUGCAAAAUCAGCAGCAAACAUGAGUGUCCAAGAUGUCUCAGAGAGCUCAAGAAUAGAUUGCUCGAUAUGUGGAAUGUCGCAGUCUUGCUCAUGUGAUAACCAAAUUGUUAACAGUUCAGACAGACAAUUAGAUCUAGAUAAUACGAGAGGGGAAUUGCCCACUGUGUUAGAAUGUGAUGCUCAACAGUCAGCACUGAACCAAAGCAAUCCACCUUCCACCAGCCACAAACUGGAAACAGAGACUGAGGAAGGUCUUCAUGUUACAGAGAUAGCAUCUGAAGACUGUGUUCCAACAUCAGAUAGUGUAAAUGUUGAGCAUGACCACACAGAUGCCCACGUCCCCAAUACAAGUUCCUGUUCAGUCCCAGAAGACGCAGCCAGUCCCAAGAGUGGAGCUUGUUCCAGCGGCUCAACAUCCCCCUACAACUCUGGUGCUGAGGAUGAUGAGGAGGUGGCUCUAGCUCUACAGGCAGCAGAAGUUGCUGCCACUUGGAGGGCAAGGGCAAGAUUUUCAGAUUCUCAAGACUUGAUCCAUCGGUUAUUUGUCUGCAUCUCUGGUGUUGCAGAUCAGCUUCAAACAAAUUAUGCCAGCGACUUACGCAAAAUCUUAAAGUGCGUGUUCUUGAUGAACCAGAGCCCUCUUGAGGAGUCCCCCAAGAGUGAGCACAGUGACCAGCCAGAAUGGUCUGUUGCCACGCAGGACCAGGACCACAGCACAGAGGACUCCAAUGGAGGCAAUGAUUCUGAACGGCUGAGUGUGGAGAGUGCAGAAGAUGCCCUCGUGGUCAUCGGAAGCCCAGAGCAUUGUGAUGACUCGGCUGGGGAGCCUCCAGAUACCCAGCCAGUGGAAGACUCUCCCCCCACCUCUCCUCCAUCUUCACCUUUAGCCAUUCCUCCGUCCAUUCCCUUCCCCCUCAUGUCCCCUACAUCUCCAUCCCCCCCACUGUCUUCCACAGGGACAGUAAUUCAGCCACCACACAUGUCCUCGGCAGACAUUACUGACUCUCACUCGUCGACCAUCCUGGCCUCCUCCCCUCCUGUGUGUCCUCCGUCCGUGCAGGUCCCAGCGGCCAUCUUCAAUGACCAUGCACUCCUGCAGUUCUCAGAAGUGACUCAGGCAACCAUUCCUCCAAAUGUGGAUUUGCUCUCUUCUCCUCAAGUGCAUUAUACAGAGUCAUUUGGGCUUAUACCUGAGCCAUUCCCAAGGUCACAACAGGAGCAGCCUGCCUCAGUGAGAGAGAACAUUGAUGGGGCACCCUUGAGCAGCCCAGCAGAGCGUGGGAGUGACAGUGGGCGCCGAAGGCCAAGGGUGCAAGAGCCACCUGCCUGGGUGCCUGAUCAGCAGGCUCCAAGAUGCAUGGCAUGUGGAGCAGCUUUCACUAUGGUCCGUAGAAGACAUCACUGCAGAAAUUGUGGAAAGGUGUUUUGUGCACACUGCAGCCAGCAUGCAGUUCCUCUUCCACACUACGGUAUCUGGAAAGCAGUGAGAGUGUGCAAUGUUUGCUUCCUGUACUAUGUCACAUUCUCCACUGAGACCCCCACUCCUGCAUCCUGACCCCCUCAUGCUGCUGAUCAACUGGAGCCUCACUGCCAUCCGCACCGUUUGUGCCAUCAGUAUCAGCAAGAUCACUGAUUCCAAACACGGUUUUGGUAAUGUGAUCAGCUUAUUUCUGCAAGUCUCCUCAUAUUGGGUUUUCCUUAUUUACUACUAACAUAAAACUCAUUGACAUCAACCACUAGAGGGAACUAUGUUGUCUUAAGUGACCAAUGCAACACCAACACUGUUCCAUCACCUGUGUGUUCCCGUCUCCUCUUUUCCAUUGACAGUUGAUUCUCAGGAGUCACUCAAUUGACAACAACUGUGCCAUCUCAUACCAUAAACUUUUAUAUGGUUAUGGAAUGCUGGUUGCAGCUUGGUGAAGAGAGUAUGGAUGAUCACCCAUUAGUUUAGUUGAAACAUCAUCAGUAAUAUACAUUACCAGCAUCUUAGCCUCAAGUUGAUGCCUUAUUCUUUACAAAUUUUAGGAAACCAUGGGUGUCUUGCAAUACAUACCUUAACUGGCACAUAAUGAACAAAUAUCUGUGUAGGAAGAUAUUGUUGGAAGUAGCAGGCAUGUUUACAGUACUGGAUACUGUGUAUCCAUUAAGACUUCACCAUGAGUUUUUUUUCUUUUACUUCAGAUAACUUUUCAAUAGACAGAGAUGACUAACAUGUCAGUAGUACAUGCCUCCAUGGCAUGAUUUUAGAAAUAAAGUUUCCUUUAGUUUAUGUAUGUAUAUGAUGCCUAUGUAUGUGUGAGUAUGUUGUGUAUAUAGCUCUAUAGAUAUAUAUAUAUAUGAUUACUUCCCCCAUCAUCUGUCUUCAUUUUGCAAAAGCUUAUCAAGUUUCGUGAGUUUUUUAUGUGUUGAGAGUGAAAGAGAAUCUGCCAGCCAUUCAAUGUUCAGAUUGCUGAGAAAAAUAAAAGUAUAAAAAAAUAUAGCUGGUAGAAUUAUGAAUAACGACAGGUAUUAUAUUGGCCAAUACAUGUUUGAUGAGCUCAUAGACUUACAUAAAUGGAAGUGACAGUAGCAGAAGAUUUUAAAUUCUGAGUUUUUGAUUUGUGUUCAAAUGGCAGUCAAUAGUAGCAAAAGUAGUUGGUUCAUGACAGUAUUCAAGCUGUCACCAAAGGAAUCUCUACUGCACCUGCUUCAUCUUUCUGUUUUCAGAGAGAAACCUUAUAGUUCUUGGUCCAUUGCUGCUUGGUUUAACUUCAUUUUAUGCUAGUCAAGAGUUUCCUAAUCCUGUCUAGCCUUCACUGUUCUUCAGGUACAUUGUAUUGCAGUCUGUAAUUUUCCUCCUCCUUUGUCAAGAACAUUUUCUUUCAUUAGGUUUCACAAUGAUUAAGUAAACUUGUACAAAUGUGCAUACAUGUACAUGCACUCCCAAACGUGUAAAUGCACAAAUAAAGACAGGCAAAAAAAAAUUCAAACAGACACAAACACAUUUGUACAGACACAUACACCUCAUUGUACAUAUGAUAUAAUGCAAUUAUGUUCAUAGCAAUUUAUUUCACUUUGUGAUAUGUACUGAAGGUAAGAAAGGAAAUAGUUUUGCUUAUAUUUUUCUCUGUAGAUUGAAAACUUUCAGAUGCUUGUUAAGGACUUGAAAUAGAGUAUGUUUACUACUGCUGUGAAUGCUUUGUCAUAUGACAUGAGUGUGGAAGAUUGAGCAAAUGAUCUGUUAAGUUAUAAGAACAAUGGUACAGGAAAAAGUGACUUGAUCACUCCUUGGCAGUGAGAAUCAGUAUAUUAAACAGUUAGAUUUUAUUUGGUAUGUGCAACAGAAUAAAUGGCAUACUUUGUUUACCUAGGCUUUGUAUCAAGAAUGAAAGGUGUUUAAACAAAGUGUUGGCUCAUGCUUUGUUUAACCAGCCUUGUAUUGUGAUAUUUACUUAGUAUGACCAGGUCAUUUCCUAGUAUUGGCAUGCACAUAUGAUUAUUAUUGUUAAGCAUUAGUUUGUAUUUGUAUGAGGUCACAUCAUAGCAUGUUUGUGAUUUCUGAUGAUAAUGUAAUGCCCACUUGGAUACAUACUGUUUGUGUCAAGUACUGUCAAGUACAAAUCCUUGUGGAGGCACUUCUAAAUUGCUUAAUGACAGUCAUGUGACUGGAAUGACUCUGGAGGCCAAGUGAUCUGAGACUGAUUUAAAAUAUCUAGUCUUUUGAGUUGAAUCCUGGCUUUUGCUACAUUCAGAAAUCUCUAUGAAUCCAUUCAUGGUAUAGUUAGUGGUUGGUUCUUGCAAGAAAUCAUAAAGUUUUGAUAAAGGUCUUCCUCCUCCUCUUCCUCCCCCCCUUCUCUCUUUGUUUCUUUUUUCUUUGUCUUUUAUUCCUUACUACUGUAGACAAAGAAUAC